UUCAUGCUCAUCUGGCUGGUUGCUGUUUCUUGUUUUCAUUUUCUGAGUGGUGCUUUUGGAUAGAAUACUACUUGUAAAAUUAAAUUUACAUUCUCUUUCUUGUUAAAAUAUUAAUGUGCAGUUAAUAUUUGUUUAGAUAUGUCUAAAGUAAAUAAGAGGAAACAUGUUAUGAACGAGGCGCUGUGGGACGACUACGAGUUGCCCAACGAGAAACAAAGUGUUGUUAAAGUUUUGAAAAGUAAAGGAAAUAAUCUUCAUGAGGUAACUACUCCAAGCGGCGAGGAAUACCUAGUGUCAAUGCCUACAAAGUUCCGGAAAAACAUAUGGGUGAAACGAGGAGACUACAUUCUCAUCGAGCCAAUCGUAGAAGGUGACAAAGUUAAAGGAGAAAUUGUGAAAAUAAUGAAUAAGGACUCUAUUAAAUACUAUAAAGAAAAUAAAGUGUGGCCCAAGGAGUUUGACGAUGAUAAAAAAGUUGAUGUGAAAACAGAUGAAGACGAUGAUGAUUUGUUCGUCAACACCAACAGAAAACACAUGCCUGUGUAUGACAGUGAGAGUGAUAGUGACUCAAGUGAUGAUAAUAAUGACUCAAGUUGUGAAAGUGACUCUAAUAGUGAUAAAAGUGAUGAUAAUGUUAAAUAAUAAAAUUAUUUUAUAAAA